AUGCCAAAGGAACGCAACUUCAACCCCGUGCAGGCCCAGCGCAAGGCCGACAAGGCCAAGGCGAUCAAGAAAGGCAAAGCAGACGUAACCGCCAAGCGCAACGAGCGACUCGCAAAGCGCAAUCCGGUGCACAUACAAAAGCAGAUUGACGACCUAAAAGCAGUCACUGCAGGUGGCGGCAAACUCUCUCAUCACGAAGAGCAGGUUCUCGAGGGUCUAGAGAAGGAGUUUAAAGCCGUCCAAAAGGCACGAGAGACACUGGGCGAUGCGGCGCCACAAUUCCGAAGCAGCGGACCAAGGCGAGAUGGCGACAAUGACAGAGGAGCCCUAGGCAAGAGACGAAGGGACUACGACGAGGUUGAGCUGAGCAGCGACAGCGAUGUGCCAGAGGACGUGCGCAGCAUCCCAAUGCCGAGAGAUACGCCGCCGCCGAUUCCAAAGGAGGUCAUGGAUAGGUGGUGGGCCAAGAGGAGGGCGAAGAUGAAUGAGAACAAGAAUGCGAAUCUGGAGCCAUUAGGUGGCGGCAACGACAGGAGCGGGAGGGGUGAGAGACAGGCCUCGACGCCUACGCCUGUUGCUGAAGCAAAGACUGUCUACGAAUCAAAGCCGAUGGUGCGAGACCUGCGGAAGGAGGCGGUUGCAUUUGUCCCUAGUGUGGUGAGGCACAAGCUGGACAAGACUCAGGGCAAGGGUGGUCUCAUGGAACCCGAGGAGGCGGACAGGCUUGAGAAAGAGGGAUACCUGCCGACCUCACAUCGCGACACCGAGGGAGCACAGUCGACGGAACCGGACAUCGACUCGUCUAAAGCAUCGCGUCAAGUCACACUGGAGGAAGUUGAGGACGAUGAAGAUUGA